AACAAUAUUGGAACGAAGUUUUUGAAGUUGAAACUGAAAAAAACUUGUGGAACGAGAUAGCUAAUAGUGAAGUUUUGUGUGGAUGUCUCAUCAGUAGAAAAUGUAAUAAGUGAAAAGGAGACUUUUUUACUGUUAAGGAAGGGAAGAUGUGAUAAGGUUAUGAUGAAUCAGUUGGAGGUCAUUGAGAAGGAUCAAACAAAAUAACUGUGACAACACUAUACGGGUUUUGCGGAAAUACUUGUAAAGCAACUCACAGAGUGAAUUGUCUUGUAACAUGCUAAACUGAGCUUGUUUACAGGAUCCCCUGUUUAGCGUCAUUGAUUUAAAGAGAGACAAAAGCAAGCAUGACAUCCAUUAAAAAUGACAAAAUAGCUCAAAUAUUGUCUCUAUCCAUAACUGAAGAUAAACUACAGACCCUUCCCACACUAUAUAUGUGUUUGUUCAUCACCAUAGAAGGUAAUAGCUUCUCUUUUUCUUAUCAGUCUCUCUAAACAUGGCAUCAUCAAUCUUUAACUGUCUUCUCACUUUCUUAGCACUCUCAAAUCUUGUAUUCCUAUCACAAUCACAAGUUACUAGUGCUCCCUUCAAACCUGGCGGCCUUGCUUUGCCAGUUUUUAAGGAUUCUGCCACAGGUCUCCACAUAACCAACAUCACAAAAAGAACUCCCCAGCAAUCAAUCCCAUUGCUUAUUGACUUGAAUGGCAAGUUCUUAUGGUUAAAUUGCGAAAAAAAUUACCUCUCAUCAACCUAUUUAGCCCCUUUUUGCCACUCAACUCAAUGUUCUCGUUUUGGUUCUCAUUCGUGCAACAAAUGCUUUUCCACUACACCUAGGCCUGGUUGCCAUAACAACACUUGUGCUGUUACAACAACAAACCCUUUAACUAGCCAAACUGCAACCAGCGAAGUUGCUCAGGAUUCUCUCUCAAUUCAAUCCAUUACUCAAUCUGGUUCAAAUUUUGGUCCUAUAGUUACUAUUCACCACUUCCUUUUUGCUUGUUCACCUUCAUCUUUGUUACAAGGUCCUUUUCCUAAUAAUGUCCAAGGAGUAGCUGGAUUAGCUCAUGGUUCAGUCUCUCUCCCAAUUCAAUUCGCCUCUCAUUUCGGAUUCCCUCGUCAAUUCUCCUUGUGCUUGCCCUCUUCCACACAAAAAAAUGGUGCAAUCUUUUUUGGGACUAGUGGAUUAAAUGGAACACAAACAGGUAACUUAACCUACACGCCAAUAAUCAUCGGUUCACAAGGCGAAUAUUUCAUCCCAGUGAGGUCAAUUCGCGUAAACAACAAGCCUGUCCCAUUGAACCAUUCAUCUUUAAUCUCAACAAGGACUAGAAACUUUGGUGGCGCGAUGAUUAGUACUACAGCACCUUACACAGCUCUUGAACACAAUAUUUUCAUAACUUUCACUCAGUUUUUCGCGAACCAAUCCUCUAGGAUAUCUCAAGUGAAUCCAAUAUCACCAUUCGGAUUAUGUUUCAAUUCCAAUGUCUCUUCGAGCACAAAUGUUCCAAACAUUGAUUUUGUGAUGCAGAACAAAAAUGUUACAUGGACUAUUGUUGGAACAAAUUCAGUAGUUGAAGCACGACCAGGUGUGUCAUGCUUGGCGUUUGUUGAUGGAGGACAAAAUCCAAAGGCUCCAAUUGUGAUAGGGGUGCAUCAAUUGGAAGAUAAUUUUGUUGAGUUCGAUUUGGUCAGGUCAAGAUUGGGUGUGAGCUCUUCGUUAUUGUCACGUAACACUAGUUGUUCUAACUUCAAUUUCACCUCCAAAUCGUCUUUCGUUAAUGAAAUGGAGUGA